ACAAUAUUAAUGAUGAUAAUUAAGGUAAAUUAAAGUUAUGUGGUUGGGAAUAAUGUGGACCCCACUUACACCGCCAGCAUUUCUAGUUUCCUCUCUAUAAAUAAAGAGCCAUUCUUUCUCAUCAUCAUCAUCAUCAUCAUCUAGUGUUUGAUUUCUUUGAUCAACCUUUUUUAAAAGCUUUCUUGUGAUCAGUUUACCAGCUUUAGUCUCGGAGCGUGAGAAGUUCUCUUCCAGCUAUUUACAUGGUUGAUAUCGACGUCCAGAUCCCAUCUGCUUUCGAUCCAUUUGCUGAGGCUAAGGACUCAGGUGCACCUGGAGCAAAGGAGUAUGUUCAUAUACGUAUACAACAAAGGAAUGGAAAGAAAAGUUUGACGACUGUUCAAGGACUGAGGAAAGAAUUCAGUUACGAAAAAAUCCUCAAGGAUCUGAAGAAAGAGUUCUGUUGCAACGGGAACGUUGUGCAGGAUAAGGAGCUUGGCAAAGUGAUACAACUUCAAGGUGAUCAAAGGAAGAAUGUUUCUCAUUUUCUUGUGACUGCUGGUGUUGUCAAGAAGGAUCAGAUCAAGAUUCAUGGUUUCUGAGUUGCUUGGGCUAUUUGGGGUUUGGGGUUAUUGAAGCAUAGUAGUAAUAUAUAAGCUGUUUAUAUUUGUUGUUUUUGGUUAAUGCCUAUGAGAUGUUAUCAUGGGUUUCUUUCUGGAUUUUGGUUAUACUCUUAUUUCAGAUCAUAAUAAAUUUGGUUUUCUUGAACUAA